AUGGGACUACCCUCUCUGCUCGUCGGCCUCACCUCUCGCCUCAAGGCGGCUACCAUCCCUCACCUCACCCUUCCCUCAGGAGACAAAAUACAGGACCUGCCCACUAUGUCCGCCUACUGCACAAGCUUCUACACAGCCUUAUACAGCGGCCAACAUCAACCCUCCCCCUCUCCAGACUUCUGGACACACAUAUACCCAUCCGCCUUACCGCAACCCCUGAUAGCGCGACUGGCGGCCCCCAUCUCCCUCCUUGAAGUUCAACGCGCCAUCAAAACUCUGGCGAGGGGAAAAACUCCUGGGCAAGACGGCCUGGCAGGCGACUACUUCCGAACUUACUCGAACCAGUUCGCUCCCGCGCUCCAACGACUUUUCACUGCCAUCGAAAGCUCCCAGCAGAUGCCUGCAUCAAUGCUCCAUGGGCAAACCAUUCUCAUCCCCAAACGUACUGACGCCGCCUUCGUGGAGAAUCUAAGACCGAUUACGCUAAUGAAUUCGGACUACAAAGUGCUGGCGCUUUGCCUGGCACAACGUUUGCAACUCAUUCUCCGCCGGAUCAUACAUCCUGCACAGUCAGCUUUCAUAAAAGGCCGCCGCAUUGGGGACACCAUCAAUGACUCUUUAGAUCUCCUGGAGUGGGCAGAAAGAAAAAACCUUCCCCUCAUACUAGUCACGGUUGAUAUCAAGAAAGCAUACGAUAUGGUCGACCGCGAUUUCCUCUACACGUGUCUCUCACACCUCGGGCUCCCACCAGAAUUUGUCACAUGGGUUCGUCUGCUUCACUCAGGAACUAGCACACAAGUGCUCGUGAAUAACCUGCCCGGUCCCUCCUUCCCUGUACGUACCGGUGUUCGGCAAGGCUGCCCACUGGCACCCCUGCUCUUUAUCUGUGUCAUUGAGGUUCUCCACCGCCACCUCUCCGUCUCCCUCCCUGGCUCUGCCUUAUCCCCUACGCAACGUCGGCUAGCUGCUUGUUAUGCCGACGACAUGUCUCUCUUCCUCAAUUCAGGCGCUGAACUGCAGUUAGCUAUUAGCCUGCUCCAAUCCUUUGCAGAUAUCUCGGCCGAACACCCCAAUCGGUCUAAAUGCUCAUUAUCCCUUUUCCACGUUCCGGCCAGCGACAUUGCCCUCACAUGUCCCAUACCUGUACGACACCCGAACGAAGCCGAGCACAUUUUGGGCAUAUACAUCCAAUCGGACGCACCUGGAGCGACCACAUGGGAGAAAAUUACCUGCAGAAUCCGCAUAACGGCGGCUUUCUUUGCCAAACUACACGCCACCGUCACCUGCCGAUCUGCCUUAAACACCGAGCGCCUGGUUCCCCUUUUCGGCUUUGGAGGUCGCUUUCAGCCCCCCCCUGAAGGUGUCACCAAACAACUAGACCUCAUCGUUGGAAACCUCCUGUCCACUUCCAAGUAUCGUGCCCAUGGCAGAGGAACCAGGCUUGUUCCGAAGAAAUACCUUUACAACAAGCGUUGCCACGGCGGUGUCGGAGCCAUUGAACCCUCCAAGCAUAUACAAGCGCUGAACGUGCAACGCGCUGCCCGUCGUUUUCUUCCCACCCCAACAGAGGAAAUCGCCAGAACAUGCUGCACCUUACCAUAUGGGCUGCACUGCUUCCUCGCCCACAAGGAUAUCCUCAAAUACCUGCCUGAUACAACGCCGGCACGUGCAGCCGCGGAACUCGCCGCCACUUUGGCGCUCCCCACGGCUGUCCACCCGCCCAGACUUGAACCGUGGGUGCUCAUGGCAGAACCGCUCGCCUUCAACCGGGAAAUACGGCGAACACAUGGCCGUCCCUUCGGUCGACUCAAAGGAGAAAAGUUCCUCCUCGCCAAGGAGCUACGACUCGGUGACAUUCUGGCUCCCGGGUCCGCAGGCUCCCGCAAGCUCGAAGACGAGGAAAUCAAGGCCAAGUUCCCCUCGGAAGAGUACCCCGGCGCCUUACGAGUCAUCAAGGACAUAUACCAUGCCGAAAAGGCGGCGUCGCGUUCAGCGCGAGUGGUUUCCGGCGUAGUAUCCGGCAUUAUACCCGGCGACGCGUUCGUCAUGAAUGCUCAGGCGAGCAUCGUCAGGCCGCCUGCGAGCACUUUCGCCGUGGCGCCACCUGGCAGCCUGGGAUUCGUCAGGAGCGUGUUGUCGUCGGACAGGGGUACUAUCAGAAGGCGUGUUUUCGUCAAGGAGCUGACUCCAAGUUUCCAGGGCAUGCGCGCCUCGAGAUCAGAUUCCACCUCUAUCCCCCCAGCUUCGCCUCCUUGGUCAUCCUGGCGACGGUCCUCCGUUAUAACAACACUUGCUUCUAGCACACCCGUUCCUGUGUCACAAGUGAAGGUCGGAACCGGCUCGCCUUCCCCUCUGGGGCCGUCUCUAGUGGAGAAGCGCGCCAAGCCAGAAGGCUACAGCAGGCUGCCUGCCCGAGGAACCGUCAACUUUGCUCUUUUCUCCAAGCAUGCUACAGCCGUGACCCUCUGCCUAUUCCUGUCUGGCAAGCAGGGCUCGCCUCCUGACCUCGAGAUUGCCCUGGAUCCCAACAGCCAACGAACGGGCGACAUCUGGCAUGCUUCUGUGGAGAACGUGCCUCUAUGCGGCAUGCUGUAUGCUUACAAGGUGGACGGCCCCAAGGGGUGGGGCGAGGGCCACCGAUUCGACCCCUCCCUGCUGCUGCUAGAUCCCUACGCACCUCUGGUGGAUGGGAGGAGGAAGUUUGGGGAUGAGAGCCAACGGAUGGCUCAGAUGUACGGCACGUUUGACUUUGAAUCCGAGCUGUUCGAUUGGGGAGAAGCAGAAGCCAAGAGAAAGCCAAUUCCCGAGAAAGACGUGAUUAUAUACGAGAUGAACGUGCGGGCGUACACUGCAGAUCCCUCCAGCGGGGCUGAGGAGGGGAGACGAGGAAGCUACUCAGCUGUCGCGGAUAAGGUGCAGCACCUGGUGCAGCUGGGGGUGAACGCGGUGGAGCUGCUGCCCAUCUUUGAGUAUGACGAGAUGGAGUUUCAGAGGCGGCCCAAUCCGCGUGAUCAUAUGGUGAACACGUGGGGGUACUCCACUGUCAACUUCUUCGCCCCUAUGUCCCGCUUCGCCUCCAAUGCUGGUGGCCCCGUGGCUGCAGCACGUGAGGUGAAGGAGAUGGUGAAGCAGCUGCAUGCGGCGGGGGUGGAGGUGAUACUGGAUGUGGUUUACAACCACACCAACGAGGCUGACGAUACCUUCCCCUAUACGACCUCCUUCCGAGGGAUUGACAACAAGACGUACUACAUUGUCCAGCCCAACAACUAUGUGCAACUGGCGAAUUACGCUGGGUGUGGUAACACACUCAACUGUAACCACCCGGUGGUGAUGCAGAUGAUCCUGGAUAGCCUCCGGCACUGGGUGCAGGAGUACCACGUGGAUGGAUUCCGAUUCGACCUCGCCAGUGUCCUGUGCCGGGGGACCGACGGGGAGCCCCUUAAAGCGCCUCCUCUCAUUCGGGCCAUCGCCAAGGACGAGGUGCUAUCUAAGUGCAAGCUGAUCGCGGAGCCCUGGGACUGUGGGGGACUCUACCAAGUGGGGAGCUUUCCUAACUGGGACAGGUGGGCGGAGUGGAACGGCAAGUAUCGGGACGACGUGCGCAAGUUCAUCAAGGGCGAUGAGGGCAUGAAAGGGCCCUUUGCCACUCGACUGGCUGGAUCUGCUGACAUGUACCAUGUCAACCAGCGCAAGCCCUAUCACAGCAUCAACUUUGUCAUCGCUCACGACGGCUUCACACUCAGAGACCUCGUGUCUUACAACUUCAAGCACAACGAGGCGAAUGGGGAGGAAGGGAGGGAUGGCAGCAACGACAACUUCAGCUGGAAUUGUGGCGUGGAAGGUCCCACGCAGGAUGAGGGCAUCAUUGCGUUGAGAAACCGGCAAAUGAGGAACUUCCACAUCGCGCUCAUGGUCUCCCAGGGGACCCCCAUGAUGCUGAUGGGGGAUGAGUACGGCCACACGCGCAACGGCAACAACAACAGCUACGGGCAUGACACCGCACUCAACCACUUCCUCUGGAACCAGUUGGACCAGGCCCGCUCGACUCUCUUCCGCUUCACAGCAGCAGUCAACCGCCUUCGCUCCUGGCACCCAGCCCUUGGCCAAGCCAAUUUCCUCUCGCCCCGGGACAUUACAUGGCAUGAAUACAACUGGGAUAACUACGAGAGUAGAUUCCUUGCCUUCAGCCUGCAUGACGUCUCUGGGACGUGUGGUGACCUGUACGUGGCCUUCAAUGCUCAUUCCUUCGCUGUGGAUGCUGGCCUGCCUCCCCCACCUGCCGGCCGUCAAUGGGUCCGAGUGGCGGACACCAACUUGCCAUCUCCACGGGACAUUGUGGAUGAUCUGGACACAAUUGCAACCAAUGGGCGCGUUAUCAGCGGCACCUACAAUGACUACAUCGUGCCGGAGGAGUAUGUAAUUGUAAUGAAGGAGUCGAUGCUCAACACGUGCCCUGUCACCCCUUACGAGGACGUUCGGGUCGUCAUCCAAUCAGAGCUCGGCAAACCACCAGAGGAGAUCUUCUCCUCAUUCGACCCCGUGCCUGUGGCGAGUGCCUCUUUGGCCCAGGUGCAUCGAGGCACGCUGAAGUCAGGGGAAGACGUGGCAGUGAAGUCAGGGGAAGACGUGGCAGUCAAGGUGAGCUUCAGGUGGAGGCUUAAGGGACAUGAGGCACACCGAGGUCAGUUUGACGAGGUAGUCAAGGUGAGAUGCAGGUGGAGACCGACAGGCAGCACGGUUUUUGUUGAGGGCCCGUCCCUUCCUUCCCAAACCCCUCGCACCCAUUCCCAACCCUACCCACUUCUCCCCACCCUGCCCCUUCCUUCCUCAACCCUCACCAUCGCAUCCCACCAGGUGCAGCAUGCACAUCUGCUUGACACGGCAGCAGCAGACAUGCUGUCAGUCAAAACAUUAAAAACCCCUCACUACCCCUCGUCACCGCUCCCCACUCAUCCCCACCAGGUGCAGCACGCGCAUCUGCUGGACACGGCAGCAGCAGACAUGGUCUCAGUGCGACUUGUCAUCUCUGCACUUCUUCCCCCUUCCACCAGGCCUCUCAUAUCCCCUCCAUUCCAUCUCUCCCCUCUACAGGAGCUAGAUUUCACCCUCGAAGCAUCCAACGGUCGGCAUUGCAUGGCCAACUUUCGAUCCUCACCGUCGAAGCUCCUGAGGGAGUCCGUGGCGGUGCCGAGAAGCUUCCCGGAGCUUACCGGGCAGCGGGUGCUGACAAUGGAGUGGAUGGAGGGCGUGCCUCUGACUGACGUGGCAAGGCUCAAGGACAUGGGGAUCAACCCUGCUGACGUGGCAAAACUGUACAGCAUUGCGCUGGGCGCCGGGGCAGACAUUCAUGUAAACACUUCCCUGCUUUUCCCUUCCUCUCCUCCCACCCCUCCCGUCUCUCCAGGCUAUGUGGAGCCAGAGAUUGUGCUGCUGGAUCACGGGCUAUACCGGCAACUCCCAGAUUCUCUCCGCCUCAACUACGCGCACCUCUGGAAGGCCCUUGUGCUGGCGGACGCGCGAGGCAUCAUGCAGUACAGCAUUGCGCUGGGGGCCGGUGCGGACCUGUAUGCCAUCUUUGCUGCGACGCUCACCCUGCGAUCGUGGGAGAACAUUGUUGAGGCGUCUUCGGAUCACCUGUUUAUCCCAGACACCGCUGAAGAGAAGAAACAUUUGCAGAAAUCAGCAGCAGCUUAUUUCAACGACAUAACGCGCCUCCUCGCUCGCUUGCCACGGGUCUUGCUGUUGCUCCUCAAAACCAAUGACUGCCUUCGGUCCCUGGAUACUGCCCUGGGCACACCAGUCAACGCAUCCAUUAUCGCCGCACGUCUCGACGUUUUCCGCGCGGCUUCAGCCAUUUCGAUCCGCAUUAUGGAGCGGUACGACGUGGUGGUGGUGGGUGCGGGCAUCAUGGGCAGCUGCGCGGCGUACGAGCUGGCGAAGCGCGGGCGGUCCGUGCUGCUAUUGGAGCAGUUCGAUUUGCUGCACCGCCGAGACCAUUACACUGCGCUCAUGCCGCUCGCUUUUAAGUUAUGGGAGUCUGCUUCUAACGAGGCUGGAUACUCCCCCCUUACCAUCACCGGAGGCUUGGAUUUCGGCCCCCGCUGCAAUGCUGACCUGGCAGCCGUUCUCGCCAGCUGUCGCAACCACGACGUGCCACAUCAGCUCCUGGAGGGAGCUGCUUUGAGAGAACGGUUCCCGAUGUUCAACUUUCCGGAUGGUUCUUCUUCUGACGACGAUUUGGUCGGCGUGUUUUGUCCUGAUGCGGGGGUGCUGCAUGCAACGAAAGCCGUGGCCAUGUUCCAACAGCUGGCGGCGAAGCAUGGUGCAGCACUACGAGACAAAACGGCAGUUACUGCCAUCGAGCUGCUACAGGACAAAGAGGCAGUAGCUACAGGGCAACAGGAUCGCGGAGAGAGGAGCUCUGCAUAUCAGCAGCAGCAGAGGAGCUCUACGAGGCAGCAGGGUCGCAGCUCGCAGCAGCAAG